CAGCCAUGGAUGCCAUCAAGAAGAAGAUGCAGAUGCUCAAGCUGGACAAGGAGAACGCCUUGGACAGAGCCGAGCAGGCUGAGUCAGACAAGAAAGGGGCAGAGGACAGAAGCAAACAGUUGGAGGAUGACCUGGUGACGCUGCAGAAGAAGCUGAAAUCAACUGAGGACGAGUUGGAUAAGUACUCCGAGGCUCUGAAGGAUGCCCAGGAGAAACUGGAGCUUGCUGAGAAGAAAGCCACAGAUGCCGAGGGUGACGUAGCCUCCCUGAACAGACGUAUCCAGCUGGUUGAGGAGGAGCUGGACCGGGCUCAGGAGCGUCUGGCCACGGCUCUGUCCAAGCUGGAGGAGGCUGAGAAGGCUGCUGAUGAGAGCGAGAGAGGCAUGAAAGUCAUCGAGAACAGAGCGAUGAAGGACGAGGAGAAGAUGGAGCUACAGGAGAUCCAGCUGAAAGAGGCCAAACACAUCGCCGAGGAGGCCGACCGCAAAUAUGAGGAGGUGGCCCGUAAGCUGGUGAUCAUCGAGAGCGACCUGGAGCGUACAGAGGAGCGUGCCGAGCUGUCUGAGAGCAAAUGUUCUGAGCUUGAGGAGGAGCUGAAAACCGUACAGAACAACCUGAAGUCUCUGGAGGCUCAGGCAGAAAAGUACUCACAGAAGGAGGACAAGUACGAGGAGGAGAUCAAGGUUCUUACAGACAAGCUGAAAGAGGCUGAGACUCGCGCUGAAUUUGCAGAGAGAUCCGUCGCCAAGCUUGAGAAGACGAUUGACGACCUGGAGGAUGAGCUGUAUGCCCAGAAACUGAAGUACAAGGCCAUCAGCGAGGAGCUGGACCACGCCCUCAACGACAUGACUUCCAUCUAAAUGUUUUUACUCAGCCCCGCCCCCCCAGAAGCUGGUUGAGCCUCUUCUUUCUCAUCACCACCAUCCUUUCUGUCCUGCGCAGCUCUGCCCAACUUCCUGUACAUGUUUUUGUCUCAGUGUUUUACUGCCGAGCUGCUCGCUGCACACCGGGCUGUCGCUGCCACCGUCCACUGUUCCAUCUCUCCCACAGACUUCUGAGCCAUAUCUGCUUUCUGUAAAAUAAACACUCUUCCACUGAAGUCUGCCCUCCACCCCUCA